AGGCGACCCUUUCGACAAUGAUUGCAAAGAUAGGGAGGUGCUCACUGAUAAGCCUGGCUUCUUGUAAUCUUAUCUGUGAAUGUGUAAGGCAUUUUGAUUUUCUUCAGUGUCGCUCCCAGGCUGUCGUUCAAGGAGCAUGUUGUUUGGUGAUCUCGUGGAUGUGGUGGUCGUAUGUGUUACGGGGGGGGAGGGGGAUGGAGUGAAGUGUUUAUGUGGAUGAGGUUGAGAUGUGGAUGAGGUUGAUAAUGUGGAUGAGUUUAAUGCGGAACAGUUUAGUAGUUUGAUCAUUCGAGUUAUGUGGAUGAGUUUAAUGUGGAAAAUAAUGGUUCAGUCAUUUCAUUUAUGCGGAUGAGUUUAAUGUGAAAUAGUUUACCGGUUGAAUCUUUUAAGUCAUGUGGAUGAGUCUAAUCGUACCCAUUCAGACGAAAUGGGAUGAAAUGUUGACUUUAUGUGGAUGAGUCCGCUUCGGAGGAUGUUGGAAGGCAAGAUGAGGCGCCUGGAGAGGACAAUGACCAACAUCGCCCUGAGGACCAGCUUCCGGAGGCGCCAGCGAGUGCCACCGGUCAGAGUGUCUGAGUACCUUAUGGGAGACAUUGACACCUCCUCCGCCUUCCUCAACUGCUCGACGGCUUCUUCACGCACAAAGUCCUGCGAGAACCUCGUGAGCAGCGAUGCAGAGAGCACCACAGGAGACCGAGGAGGAGGAGGCGGGGGCGGAGGAGGAGGAGGAGGAGGAGCCGGGAUGACGGGCGUGGGGCCCCUGGACACCUCGAAGGAACCCGAAGUCCUCACGCAGCAGCAGAUCGACGAGUACCUCUACAGACACGAACAGGGUGUAGACCACGCCCUCCACCGCGCCAAGGUCUGGAGCAAGUACGCGAAGGACGUGAUCUCCUACAUUGAGAAACGCGCCCAGCUGGACAUGGAAUACUCCAGGAAUCUCACCAAGCUGGCUCACACCAUCAGGCCGGCGCUCAAGGAGGAGAGCUUCCUGCCCUUCCAGUCCAUCUACUGCACCGCCCUGGACCAGGACAUCGAGAACUGCACCAACCUGAGCGCCACCUGCACGCUCCUGCAGACGCACAAGUUCAUAGAGCCGCUGACAGCCCGGCGAAAUGACCACGAGAAAGCCAGAAAGGUCAUUAAGGACACCUGGCAUAAGGAACUCAAGAAGCUCACCGAAGCCGUCAACAACUUGAAGAAACACAAGAUUAUCUACGACCAGAGACAACAGGAGCUGGCCAAGGCGCGGGAGGCCGCCGCGAGAGCCGAGAACACGGAGAGCCAAGACAAGAUCGAAAGAAAACGCGAUGAAGGCCGUUUUUCAAGAAGUCACUGGUGGCCUGAACCCUGGCUCUAUGGACUCUAUGGAACCCUGGCACUAUGGCUCCCUGAACCCUGGCUCUAUGGCUCCCUGAACCCUGGCUAUUCUGGGGCUGGCUCUAUGGCACCCUGGCCAUCUGCCCUAUGGCACCCUAGUCCCGCGGUGCCGGUGCUGGAUGCUGGAACCAUUUUCUUCCCUCUGAUCUUACGUUCUCCUUCUAACGCCAGACCAAUCUUCCUUUCUAAUUCCCAAUUUCCCCCGCCUCUUCCCCAGGCCCGCGAGGCAGAAGCCACCUACAGGAGCUGUGUAGCGGAGGCCAACGACAGACACGCGUCGCUCCUGAAGGUGAAGCGGGACGUCCUGAUGCAGACCCGAGAGCUGAUCCUGCAGUGCGACCAGACCAUGAAGGCGGUCACCGUCUGCUACUUCCAGCUGCAGCACACCGUGGCAGCCCCGGCGCCCGUGCAGCUCCAGACCCUCUGCGAGAGCUCCAGGUUAUACGAGCCGGGGUCCCAGUACAUGGAGUUCGUGAAGCGACUGGGUCCUUCCCUCGGCCAGGAGACCCCAGAGACGCCCUUCAGCUUCGAGUCCUACACGCCAGGACAGCAGGACGCCCCUCACGACCACGCGACCAAUGGCUCCGUUCCUGGGGAUGACCUGCAGGUGGGCAGACUGGCGGGCCGGAUGGCAGGCACGGACGCGUUCGGUCGUGAAGUAGCCAAGAGGCCGAGCCUCCACACGGCGGUGCCGCUCGGUAACAGGGAUUGGGACUGUAGGCGACCUGAACAGGUAAUAUCGUUUGGGACUGGAGACGCGAAGGAAGAUUCUGACGCAGGUAACAAGGAGUUGGGACCUGGAAACCGACUGACAGUUUCCAUAUACGUACAAUUCACACAUAAUGACCUCAAUUGCUUCAGCCUCAUUCAGCUUUCAUUUUUUCACCCCAGCGGACACCCAAUAUUGUUUCCAUAUACGUACAAUUCACUCAUAAUGACCUCUAUUGCUUCAGCCUCAUUUAACUUACCUUGUUUCACCCUAGCGGACACCCACUACCUGCGGGGGACACGGCUUCAGGUGAUGAGCAAGGCCGCCGUCACCCACGCCUUCAGGAGACUCAAGACGCCGUCCAGGUGCCGCGAGUGUGACUCCUACGUGUACUUCCAUGGCUACGAGUGUGCGGAGGUAAGGUUGGGGCGAUCAAGGGUCAUGCCAUGCUGGAGGCUUAGAGCACUUCGAGCGUGUCCCUGGCGCAGCACACCUGAGGCGGAGACAAACGCCCCCGUGCGCACCCUCGUCUCAAGUGCAGUAGUUGCGGAGACGCGCCACCCAUCCUCCCCGACCUCAUGCCUCUCCCUCCACCCACAGGGCAUCUACCGCGUGUCGGGCGUGAAGAGUCGGGUCGAGAAGCUCUGCCAGGCCUUCGAGAACGGCGCCCACCUCGUCGACCUCACCGACCAGCACGCCAACGUCAUCGCCAACGUCCUCAAGCUGUACCUCCGUCAGUUGCCCGAGCCGCUCCUCACCUUCAGGCUGUAUCCGGACUUCAUCAGGAUCGCCAAGGAAGCGCCAGUCACAGCGGGAACGGAGGCUGGCCGGACUAUAGAGGAGCUGCGAGAGUUGGUGCGGCGGUUGCCACGGCACCAUCUGAACUGCCUGACGGUCCUCAUGCACCACCUGCACCGCGUCAGUAGUUUCCCCCACCUCAACAACAUGCCAUCCUCAAAUCUCGGCAUCGUGUUCGGGCCGACGCUACUUAGGACGUCUGAAGGUUCGGCGUCCCUGAGCUCUCUGGUGGACACGGUGCACCAGACGCGCGCCAUCGAGCUUCUCAUCACCUACGCCCACGAAAUCUUCCCACAGAGCGAAAUCCUGCAGUCGAGAGACCUGCAGGUGCCCUCGGGAGCGUCCUCGGCCAGGGCGCGGAUCGACGAGGUGCUCAAGCAGCCCCUACCCAGCCGCCAGACCUCCGUGCACACCAGCAGCAGCAGCAGCAGCAGUAGCAGCAGCGGGGUCAACGUGAGCGGGAUUUCGGGUCACAAGCGAGGUCGCGACGGAGGGGCGGUCGAGCUGGUGGGCGUGAUGGAGGACUCGCCCUCGCCGGCGCCCGCGCACGCCCACAAGGACAGGAAGGACUCGGAGAACUUAGACGAGGACUGGGAGUGGGAGGGCGAGGAGUCAUCCACAGAGGCGGGCGGGAGCGAGCCGGCCACGCCCAGGCCGCCCGCAGCCGCCGCCCGCGCUCCCGCCGCCCACGCCAAGAUCUACAAGACGUCGCUCAAGGACUACGUGGGGCUCGAGGGGGUGGCCAUGCACGUGUCCACGGGUCUGCACACUGCACACGAGGCGGUGGAUGUUGUCCACCAGAAGCUACGCAAGACCGUGAGCGACAUUUCGUCCUCGCUGCGGCCGCCCUCCGCGCAGGACCUCUCUCGGAGAGCCACCGUGGAGGAUGUGCACAGACGAGGAGGAGGAGGAGGAGGGGGGCUCGGCGAGGAUGCGUCCAGGAGACCCACCAUCACGCAGGAGACGUCCAGAAAGCACGCGAGCGCCAUCGUGACCCUCUCCUCCGAGGAGCACCCCGGCAGAAGACAACCGGCGCCCGACGUCGAUCAGAGAAGACAACACUCGACCGAGGAGUCGACGUCGACCAGGAAGGUCAUGCUGGAGGAGGUGGGCAGGAAGGCCACGCUGGAGGAGCGGCUCGGCUUCCAGGGGGAGGAGAGGCAGCGCGCCGGCCCUGGCGCCUCCUCCGCGUCACUCAGCAGAGCGCAGGCACUCUACAAGAGCGAGUCCAAGUCCAGUAUGAGUGAGACGGAACUCAAGGUGGAAGUGCGGACGAGUUCGGGCGUGACGAAGACGGAGUCCCGCGGGUCCGUGACGCUGGAGCAGGGCGCGGGCGUGGCGGGCUCCGGGGGGGCGGGCGCAAGGUCUCGCCCCUGCUCGGCCAGCGCUCCAGCCACGCCCACCGCUCGGGACUCGCCAGCGGCACCGACUCCUCCAUCGACUCCGACUACAGCUACGAGUACAGCCAGCCGAGCGCCGCCGGAGCCGCCCCGACGUGCCCCUCCGCCGCCCACGCCUCGGUGCUGUCGGCGCGCGGGCGGAACGAGGUCAUGGUGGGCGGGGCGUCGCGGGCGGUGUCGGUGUCGCGUGACCCGUCCCUGGACAACGUGACCUCAUCGGUGACCUCGUCCGACUCGUCCUCGCAGGAGCUGGAUUCCGCCCACGCCACCGAGGACUCGCACAGCUCGGAGGCGUACGACGAGGCGGACGCCGCCCACGCACGCCCGCUCGCCUACUC